AUGAAGGAAGAGAAUUGCCCACCAACAGUGAUUAAUCUCCCAAUUGUAGUCGUGUUAGAGUCAACUAGCUCAAUUGAAUCAAAAGUCACUUAACCUUGUGUUAAAACAUUAACAAAACUUGAUUUAGAAGUUCUAUCAAUCAUUAUAAGACUAGCAGUUAUCAUUAGAUUGCAUCUUAAGCAGGUAAUUUAAACAGAAUUAAAUGAAGGAACUAGAUUAAAUAAUGACCCAGGAUUGGAUUUUACUCCUCUUAUCUAUGAGUUGUCAAAUUAAGUUGAUAUUGCUGAAUUGGUCAAAUAAAAUAAAUACUUCUCUUCCUCUAAUUAGCUUGCCUAUGAUUGA